AUUUGAAAAUAAAUCGAUAGGGUUGGAACUGCACCUUACUUUUUUUGAACUGACCGAGAAAUAUGUACAAGGUCUAUCUUUCGGAGGAAAGCACGCGCCCUUCGGAGAUGUCUUUGGCUCGGCGCCCUAGCGGUGUUCGACUCUCUCGCGACAGUUUUAUCCAGAAUGAUUUGAAUGCUUUGGUGCAGUCGAUCAACCCUGAUUUGUACAGGCGGAAGUAUGUCUUUGAAACUGCUUGGGAAGUUGUCAAUAAAGUAGCUGCUGUCCCAUAUCGCUCAUUCUUUGUCGACUGGCUUCUACCCCUUGUAGUCGGUGGAAUAUAUACUGUUAUUCGCACCAAGGCGGCCACAACAGUUGAGGAACUCGGCGAUCAUUAUGUCCUUCUCGGUCCUUUAAACGAAAUAUGCAUGCGAACGGAAGUUGACGUAACGGAGCCGACAAACGAGGCUUUGAAACGUACAAUCAGUGCAAUGCGUCAGCACGAUAUCAAGAUUGUCUUCGGUCGGUGGUUGAUAGAAGGAUAUCCAAAUGUGGUUCUUUUCGAUAUUGGGUCUUCCGCAUGGCGCAUUGAUUCGUGGAAAAAAGAUUUAUGGGAAUCGUGUAAUAUCGGCAUCCCGGUUCAAGAUAGCGAAUGCAAUGAUGCGCUCAUUUUCGGCGCAUUGGUCGCAUGGUUCCUCGGUGAGUUUUGUGCGCAACUCGAGCGUUGUGAACCCUCUCCGCGCCCUCCCGUAAUUGCACACUUCCAUGAAUGGCUAACCAGCGUCGGCCUGGUUUUCACAAGGACACGUCAUUUAGAUGUGGCCACCGUGUUCACAACCCAUGCAACACUCUUGGGCCGAUACCUGUGUGCCUCCUCCGUUGAUCUGUACAACAACUUACCCAACUUCGAUUUGGACAAGGAAGCCGGCGAUCGAAAUAUCUACCAUCGCUACUGCCUCGAGCGUGCUGCUGUUCAUUGUGCCCAUGUGUUCACCACUGUCAGCAAGAUUACUGGUUUGGAGAGCAAAUAUCUGUUGCGACGGGAGCCGGAUGUGAUCACACCAAACGGCCUGAAUGUUAUCAAGUUUGCCGCUCUACAUGAGUUUCAAAAUCGUCAUGCAUUAGCCAAAGAAAAGUUAAAUCAAUUUAUCCAAGGUCAUUUUUACGGACACUACGAUUUUGAUUUGGACAAAACAUUGUACUUUUUCAUCGCUGGACGCUACGAAUUCCAAAAUAAGGGCGCUGAUAUAUUCAUCGAAGCACUGGCGCGUUUGAAUCAUCAGCUGAUACAAGCUCAGAGUGACAUCACCGUUGUCGCGUUCCUCAUUUUCCCCGCACAAACGAACAGCUUCAACGUCGACUCUUUUCGUGCGCAAGCUAUUGUGAAACAGUUACGCGAGACUGUAAAUUCCAUUCAAGGUGACAUGGGUCAUCGGCUUUUUGAAGUUUGUCUUCGUGGUCGUAUACCACAAGGCUCAGACAUUUUAACACAGGAUGAUAUAUAUCGUUUGAAACGCUGUAUAUACGCCGCCCAGCGAAACAACUUACCACCGAUCUGUACGCACAAUGUUGUCCAAGACAAUAUUGAUCUGGUGUUGUGUAAUCUGCGACGAUGUCAGUUGUUCAAUGGACGCAACGACCGAGUCAAGGUUAUUUUCCAUCCGGAAUUCCUCAGUUCAACUAAUCCUCUACUCCCGAUGGACUACGAAGAGUUUGUUCGUGGCUGUCAUCUUGGAGUCUUCCCUUCUUAUUAUGAACCAUGGGGUUACACACCAGUCAAAUACUUUGCCUUAUUUCCAGCUGAAUGUACGGUUAUGGGUAUCCCGUCUGUGUCGACCAAUCUUUCCGGCUUUGGCUGUUUCAUGGAGGAGCACGUAGAAGACCCCAAGUCAUACGGAAUCUAUGUGAUCGAUCGCCGUUUUCAAAAUGUGGAAGAUAGUAUACAACAAUUGACAAAAUAUCUUGUGGAAUUCUGUCAGUACUCUCGACGACAGCGUAUCAUUCUGCGCAAUCGAACUGAACGCCUCAGUGAAUUAUUGGACUGGAAGAAUCUUGCCUCCUACUAUCGUCGUGCUCGCCUAAUGGCACUACACAAACACAAACCGGAACUAUUCUCAGUUCCACCAAGUGCGACGCACAACGGAGACAGCAUAUCUGAACGAAGCUUCUGUUUGAGUCGUCCUUAUUCGGCACCAGCCUCUCCGUCGCUAUCUGGGCGCUCAACCCCACUACCUAGUGCGGGUGCUGAUGGCUCUGACCGCAGCAGUCCCACAUCACAUUUGGAUGAAGACGAGGUUGACGAGGCCACAGAACGUCUGGAGUUAGGCCUCAGUACCAUCGGUCUGGAAGACGGAGUUCCGGCCUAGGUGAAACUUGUCUGUAGCUUCGUUCUUCUGUCUGCUUUGUAGCCCUGUUCACUAUCUUCAGCGUAUGUGCCUCCUUCUGGUCACUGCUCAUGUGGACAAUCAACCGCACUUUUCUAGGCUUCACAUUAUGCCUACCUCAUGCUUUUUGCCAUGUCAUCCUAGCAGCAUGCUAUCACGUUUCCCAGUAGACUGCUCAGUGUUUUUAACUUCUUUUUUUCUUUUGACUUGUCCACUUUCCUUACCUUCGUCCUAUCUUUUCUUUUGGUCACAAUUCACUUUGCUUUCUCUUAUGAUUUUAUUACUUCUUGUUUCUGAAGACCAGAACAGCCAGUAGUCCAACGGAGGGCAGUGCGCCUGCAUCGGUGUUGCAGGUUCACCCAAAAUUUGAUCACCCCUUAUUUCUGAUAAUCCCUCAGAUUUGUUGCCCAUCACCUCUCCCCUUUGCGGUGUACAUAGAUCCGCUGGACUGGCUGUGUUGGCACUAAUCUUGGCAAUCCAUGGCACCGAAUCAUUACUUUUGGAUGCUACACAACUUUUUUUCCCUCUGUUUUUACUUCAUUUUUCCCUUUCUCUAUACUCGAAAACAAACUUGACAAACAAAAGGAACUAUAGUUUCCAGAAUACUCGGUCCUAAAUUAUGUUCUAUCAUCAGUGUCUGCAAUAGAGGCAACGAGACAAGUUGACGACGGCAU